UUUAUAUAUUUAUACAUUUAUAUUUAUACAUAUUAUAAUGGUAGCAAUAAGCAGAACCCCUCUGCGCUGCCGGGUUUCAUGCUAGUUGCUCCGAAUUCAUUAAUGGCCAUCUCGGAAAUAGGCAUCAACAAAGAGCUGCGACUGUGCUGCCACACGCGCGGAAUCAGAAAACUGCCUAUGUUACUCGUAUGUAUGCGAGUUUUGAUGAAAUUUACACAGGAUUGAAAAGUGUAAACACAAAUGUCACUCUGACUCGGCAAGCAGUUCGACUAGCAGUUUUAAAUGAUUAUUAUUGAUAAAACAUUUUUCAUUAUAUAUUUGAUGCUACAAAUCUUUUAUUUUGUAGUUUGCCCAGUUCACUGAACGCCUGAAGAUUAGCUGUAUAAUUAAUUGACAAUAAUAUUUUGAUACUUGCAACACAUAUCAAACGCAAUUUACCAAAGACAGAGUUUUGAUUAAAGGUUUUUACUUUAAUUCAGCGGUCAUGAAUUUGGAACUAUUAGAAUCUUUUGGUCAAAAUUAUCCAGAGGAAUUUGAUGGCACAUUGGACUGUAAUUCCUUGGCAGUCACUUGCGCAUUCAAUAAAAGAGGCACAUUACUUGCUGUUGGCUGCAAUGAUGGAAGAAUUGUUAUAUGGGAUUUUUUAACAAGAGGUAUUGCAAAAAUCAUCAGUGCCCAUGUACAUCCAGUUUGUUCUUUGAGUUGGUCAAGAAAUGGUCACAAGUUACUAAGUGCUUCAACGGAUAAUAAUGUUUCUAUGUGGAAUGUUCUUUCUGGAGAAUGCGAUCGCAAAUACAGAUUUCCAACUCCCAUUUUAAAAGUUCAAUUUCAUCCAAGAAAUUUAACAAAGUUUUUAGUGUGUCCAAUGAGACAUGCUGCAGUAAUUGUUGAUAUUGAAGGAACUCAUCAAGUUCUUCCCCUUGACCAAGAUAGUGACUUAAACAUUGUUGCUUCGUUUAAUAGACGAGGAGAUUAUAUUUUUACGGGUAACGGUCGUGGCAGAAUCUUAGUUCUCGAUGCUAAUACGUGUACAGUCAAAGCUUCUUUCAAAAUAUCUCAAGGAACUGCCAGCAAUACUGCUGUAAAAAGUAUUGAAUUUGCUAGAAGAGGCUCGUGCUUUCUAGUAAAUACCGCAGACAGAGUUAUCAGAGUUUACGAUAGUGUCGAAGUUUUAGCAUAUGGUCAAGACGGUCAACCAGAACCAAUACAAAAGCUGCAAGAUCUCGUCAAUAAAACUACGUGGAAAAAGUGCUGCUUUUCGGGGGACGGUGAAUACGUUUGUGCUGGAUCUGCGAGACAACAUGCCUUGUACAUUUGGGAAAAAAGUAUUGGAAAUUUACAAAAAAUUCUUCAUGGCACAAAGGGUGAACUAUUGCUCGAUGUUGUGUGGCAUCCAGUACGGCCCAUUAUUGCUUCGAUAUCGUCGGGAGUGGUUUCAAUAUGGGCUCAAAAUCAAGUAGAAAAUUGGUCUGCAUUUGCGCCAGAUUUCAAAGAACUCGAUGAAAAUGUUGAGUACGAAGAGCGUGAAAGUGAGUUUGAUCUCAGUGACGAAGACAAAUCUAUUGUUCAAGGGGAAGAGGCCCAUGAUGAAGAGGUAGAUGUAGAUGUUGCAUCGAUCGAUCGAGUAGCUGCUUUUUGUAGCUCCGAUGAGGAGAUUGAGGAUCAAGAAUCAUUACAAUUUAUUCCAAUUUCUCCGGACGUUGAAGACAGUGACGAACCACCCAGUGCAAUUAAAAAUGAAGAAACACCUUCAAAAAAAUUCAAAUACCACGAUAUUGAUUUGCCAAAUGCUCCGACUGAUGCAGCUCAUCCAAUGUUUAAUAAAACAAAAGACAAGCCAGCAGCUAAAAAGGGUAGACCUAGAUUGGAACAUCGAAAAGGCAAAUAACAAGACUGAUGAAUUAAAAAUAAUGAUGAUAUUUGCAAUGGAUGAUUUCAAUAAUACAUGUGUACAUAGAUAUAUUUUUUAAUAAUUAUAAAUUAAAUUCACAACGUAA